ACCACGAAAACGCACACGCUGUCACAAAGAACGGACUACUCUUAGCUCUCUGGAACUAGCAGCCCGUUUUCUUCAGUCGUCGAGAUGCCGUGCCGUUGAUCACCACCCACAGGUGAAGCCCCUAGACCACGCUGCAACGUUGCCGUUGUGUUUCCCAGCAAAGCCUCGCUCUCGAGUGCCGUCUCCAGUUGUAUGGACACCAAGGAGCACAAGACGUCUGUAAAUGGCCGCUCAAUUAUCACCUGCGAGCACUCGGAGCGUGUGCGGGUGUGCAUGACAGCCGGAUAUUCUAAGUCCCUCGAGAACGAACUGUCCAUGUUCUGCACCAACGAUGCGAGUGUCAUUGUACCAAUCCCAGCACUAUUCAGUGAGGUCUUUGCUCUGAGACGAGGUUCGGCCCACCGUCUUGAAAUAUGCCCGUUUGCCUCAUCCGAGCACCACGUGCAACCAUCUCCGAAUGUCGCUAAUCUUGUGACCAGCCUCUUCCGUUCUGCAAGCCCAGAGAGUGUCAAAUCCGUUCUAUCGUCAUCCAGUCCACGUUACUCGGCACUCUCCCCAAGUUCCUGGGUUAACAAACAGGUGUCAGUCGAUGGGAUCGUAUCGGUGCUCACACCGGCGCUUUUCUUCUCGUCUUUCCGUCGAUUUAGUGUCUACUUUGUGGCUGUCUGUACGGGGACGGUAGAGGAGGUGUCCGAGACGACAAAAAUGCUUGAUGUGAACCAUAGCUCUGUGUGUGAUUACAUCAGAGUCGCCGUGUUCCAGAUGCUCAGAAAGAUGGAGCAAACGGAUUCCACCGAGAAAGCUAUCCACGAAACGGGCGAUAUUUCAGUCCCAGAAGCCUUGCUGUAUUCGACCGACAAUAGCGAGAAGAAACGGCUACUCCCCUGUCCCGAGAUCGACGGCUGCUUUGGAAAAGAACCAGAGGAUUGUACGCGAGUUUUUCAUGGAGCACGUCCCGAUGUGCUUGGGAAACGCUCAGGAAAUCGAACGAUUUUCGAGUGAGCUAAUCGGAGGGGCAGCCUUGCGUGACGCCAAGCGAUGCAUGGACGAGUCAGAUGACAAUCGUGAACUGGUCUACCAGGUGUAUCUUCAGUGGAAGAUGAAAAUCGGGGACGAUAUCGAUUUAGUGCCCAUCAUGGAUGUCUCUGACAAACUUGGCCUCAGAGAACUGAAGGAUCGGUGCAGACAUUUUGUCCAGGAACACGCGUUUUGUUUCACUCUACAUGAGCUGGACUGCACCUGCUUCGUGGAGGAAUGAAUUUUAUUAUUUUGUAUCAUGGUUAUAAUGUUUUGAGAGCAUUUAAAUCUACAGGUUUUUUAUGUCACUGUUGUUCAGUCAUUAUUUUAUAUUCUGUAUUUUCAUGUGAAAAUAUUUUUGGUACAGAAUCCAUGCUACAGAACAGUAUAAUGCAUGCACAGCAAAACAAAGUUAUUACAUACGUUGUUUACAUUAUACACAUGCAGGACCACCCAGACACACCUCUACUGAGGGAAGCUCUGGCCUUUGUGCAGAAGAUUGCGCAGGACUGCAAUGAGAGUGUCAAGAGAGGAGAGAAUGAACUGAAACUCUAUUCAAUCACCAGACGGUUCCCCAACGAUGAAGUGAAUGUGAUAGUGUCCAGAGGUGCGACAACUAUUAAAGAGAGAGUUCGACCUAGUGUGGCUGGUGGGAUCGGACGCUCAUUUCGAAGGCCGCGUAGGAAUUCUACCAGUAAUCGUAGCGUGGAUUCGACUCUGACUUUUCGGACAUUCUUUGAGCGAGAACACAAGAGAUUGUUUGUGAAAGAAGGCCCUCUCAUGAAAACAGCAGCAAAAUUUACUGACCCUUCAGAAAGAUACCUCUUUCUCUGCAGUGAUGUUCUCCUGAUUGCCCAGUCAACUAGUAGAGGUCACAAGAGGUUCAAACUAAAGGAGAGGGUACUACUGCGACAUGCCUGGGUUACUGACACCCUGUCCCUCACUGGAGACGGCAGUAUACCUGACAGAGGAUUAAUCUUUGGGACGCCUUGCAAAGUGUACCAUUUCUUAGCCUCGAGUAGUGAGGAAAAGACAGAGUGGUUUGGCCUGCUACACUCGCACAUAUUCACCCAAAAGAGGCUCUUUCAAAAGCUGCUGAGUCACCUGAGCAUUCCUGAUGAAAGGUACUUCUGCGUUCGGGCGAAGGCCAAAACCCACCAUAUUGGGAUUCUCAAAGACGAGCUCAGUUUCAGAGGAGGGGAAGAGGUGUGGGUGAUGGGGUUCAAGGAAGACGGGGGAGAAGGAGGGGAGAAAUGGAAGCCGGGACUCUACGCCACUCAGCAGCCUUUCAACCCUUCCCCCGAGUGGUACUUUGGGUCGCAGAAAAACGGCAGCUUUGGAUGGUUUCCAGCUCAGUGUUCGUUUGGAGCCGACUCUAAACGACUGGAGCCAUCCAUGGAAGAGUUGAAGCCGGCUACAAUGUCGGUGGUUCUAGGGCUAAAGCAAAGGAUGAGAGAACUGACUGGUCGACAAGUGGCUCCUUUAACUGAAUCAGAGAGAGCCGUCAAAGUUUGCAUGGGAGAAGGCAACUUCAAGAUGCUUCGCAUACCUAGUCAAGGACGUGUGGAAGAUGUUGUGAGGAAGUAUUUCAGACCACGGCCUGAGAGAAGUCGACAAUGGACACUUGUAGCGCAGUCACUGGACGAAUCCUUUCAGAGAUUGCUGGGAGAUGAUGAAGACCCAGGAGAAGUAGUGGACUUCUGGGGAAAGUCAAAGGAUCAGAUGAGAUUUGUUCUCAAGCAGACUAUGGCCACCAAUCACACAUCCUCCCAUCUCCUCACUCUCGUCUCCUAGCCUCAAAUCCAGGGAUACAUACAUACAGUCAUCCCUGCUCCCAACCAAAUCAGUGACUUCAUAGGCUGCACUAUUUAACACAUGAUUUUUGUAUUAUGUAUAUAAUAUAGCAGGAAAUUUUUGCAUGGUGCAAAUUUUUGCGAUCGAAAUUUUAACAGGCAAUGUUU